AUGGCUAUGUCCGGAAACAAUCCAGAUGGUAACUGUCCUCCGCCCUCCGGUGAGCUCGGUCACAUGAAAUGCCCUGGUGCAUUGGCCUCUAAGGAAGAACCGUCAGGGGUACUAGGAAUAAGGAUAGAUACCCGGGUUCCUCCUUCUUCAUCCAUCUUCUGGGUGAUUAAAUGUGAAGGUUCCAACCCUAGUGAUAGAUUGCAUGCAAAAGCUUAUUUGAUUGAAAUUAAUGGUUUUGAAUUUGCUUUCUUGCUUCACUUGAUGUUGAAAGUGUUGGUAUUGUCGAACGAGCUGAGCAAAGCUUUACAGAGGAAAGAGCAAGAUAUUGUUAAUGCCAUGGUAUUUCUUGACCUUACAAAGGAAAGGCUUCAAAAAUUGAGAGAGGAAGGAUGGAAAGAAUUCAUGGAUGAAGCUAAGCUUUUUUAUGCGGUAAUUGAUUUGCAGCUUCAGGAGCUUAACAAACGUUUUGAUGUUGUGAGUGGCGACUUGCUUCUUGGUAUGGCUAGCUUGAAUCCGGCUAAUUCAUUUGCUAAUUUUGAUAAGGAAAGAAUAAUGACAUUGGCCAAGCAUUAUCCAAAUGAGUUUGGUGGAUUGAAGCUUCGAGAUCUCAAUUAUCAACUUGACACUUUCAUAAUGCACAUGCGACGUGGUGACUCUAGGUUCUCUGAUUUAAAAGGAAUUAGUGAUUUGACAAAAGCGAUGGUUGAUGCAAAUCUUGUGGAGACUUAUUCACUUGUUUAUUUACUUAUGAAGUUGACUCUGAUUUUACCUGUCGCGACUGCAAUGUUGAAAGAGCAUUCUCAUCCAUGA